CAGUGUGGCUCUCAGUGACAGCUCAGACAAUAUGCUUGAGACGCAGACAGGAGUAAAUCCCCAACAGUUUACACACACACACACUCAUGGAUGAGAUGGUUCACUGAAAAACUGACUCUCUGUGGACGGACUUAUUUCUCUGUGUGGACACAACUGCUUUAACAAACAUGAACAAACUUGCGAAGGCUCUGUAUGACAACACUGCGGAGUGUGCAGAUGAGCUGGCUUUCAGAAAAGGGGACAUCGUCAUGGUGAUUGAUCAGAAUGUGGCCGGCACCAGCGGAUGGUGGAUGUGUUCUCUUUAUGGACGGCAUGGUCUGGCCCCUGCAAACAGACUGCAACUUCUACCACAAACUGGAACCACUGCGGGCUCAUUAAGCCAUGACACAGAAAAACCCAAAUUAACUAAUUCUGUAACCGAUGACAGUGCACAAAAUAUCUACCAGAUCCCGAGUGUGCCCCGACCCUCCAGCAGCCCGGCUUAUGAACGCAUGGACAUGAUUUACAAGGUCCCGCAUACUCCUUUAUCAGCUUCAAAAAUUCCAGUCCCGCCAGCACAAAGGCACAGCACAGAAGGACCCGAGGGAAACAAGCCUUCAUUCAGCACGGUGUCCAGUCCAAAAAAGGAAGUUUACGAUGUCCCGAUCCAAGCAAGACGAGGUUCUCUUUACACUGCAUCAACGACUCCAAGACAAGUGCCACGAAAAAACUCGCUGAUUCCAAUUUCCGAACUGGAAAAAAGAUUUGACUCUCCGGAGGGUUUAAGGUGUAGCAGUCCAGGAGACACUUACGUGUAUGCAGUUCCACCACCUUUGCCUCAGGACCCAAACUAUGACAUCCCCGUUCCCUCGACCUUGGAAGCCCAACAAAAAGUGACGGGUGGAUACAGCACUCUCCCUCACCCCUGCAAGCCUGAGUGGAUUUAUGAUGUGCCAGUGGGUCCUGAGAAACAAAGUCCAUCCAAAGGCUCCUAUGAUACCAUGCCCUCAAAAGCCAUUUGCAGAGAACUCUAUGACACUCUUCCAGCACGUGCUUGGCCCAUUGAAAAAGGCAGUCCAUGUCCCUCGCUUUAUGAUAUACCAAAGCCUAGUUUUCUUGAAACGCCGAGUCCACCCAAAGUGCUGCCAAGGGUCCCACUUUAUGACAAGCCCCCAACUCAGAGGCACACAGAGGAGUUGGUAUAUGCGGUUCCUCCUUGGGAGGAACCGCUCUCUCAAGUUCUCAGUGGUCCCUCCAGUGAUCAUAUACCCCUAGAGUGCAGAGGCGACUCGAGCAAAGCUCAUGAACUCAAAAGAGUGCGUCUGCAGCGAAUGAGGAACUUCCUGGCCUGUACAUCUUUCCAGGACCUUCCUGGAAGCGGGGAGCCACUGGUGCAUGAUGACGAGGAACGAGGUAAAACUCUGCGCUUGUCUGCAGCAGACAGUCAAAGAAUCAGCACGGCCUCCAGCUCUUCCACAAGCUCCUGUGACUCUCUGGCUCUGAGCUCAUCCUCUCCUGAGCCUUUGCGAGAAGUGACACUCAGCCAGGAUGAGGCUUGCCGCAAACUUCUGGACCUGCAGGAGUCUGUUUGCAAGGCCGUGCCCCGUCUCAUGGAGUUUGUCAGCAGUCACUGGAGGAGCAAAGAACAUCUAGAGAAACACCUGAAGGAGAUCAAAGAAGCAGCUGAGGGGAUUGCAUGUUCUCUGACGUGCUUCCUAAACUUUGCUCUGGACGUUAAGGGCAAUGCCCGCCGUUUGACUGAUGCCAACCUUCAGACGAGGCUCUAUAAACAGCUGUCCAUCGUAGAAGACUCAGGUGUAAUCCUACAACAAACAGUAAGUGCUCUGAACAUGGCUGGCUGGCCCCUCAACACACUCUCUCAGGACCCUGGGCAGGCCCAGACACCUGACCAACUUGAGCGCUUUGUUAUGGUGGCACGAACUGUUCCAGAGGACAUCAAGCGCCUGGUGUCCAUCAUCAAUGCCAAUGGCAAGCUUCUGUUCAAAGCCCAUCUGAAAGGUCAGACAGAGACAAAGAGAGGUCUUGAUGGAAGUGAGCAAGGAGAGGACUUAGUUGAGGAUGACAACGACUAUGUAGAGCUACAGACUAAGAAUGAUUUCGAAAGGCAGCGGAUGGAAGUGCAAAAGGAGCCAAAAGAAAAUGUCACAUCAGUCUCUAAGAAGGCACAUGUGGAUAACAAGCGUCACUCCUCUGAGUCCAGCAGUGGCACAGAAGAACAUCUCCCACCCUCCCUGUCAGAGCACUGCCGGCUUUACUUUGGCGCCCUCCAGAAGGCCAUUGGGGGAUUUGUGGGCAGCCUCCAGGCUGGCCAGCCACCAGAGAAAUUCAUCUCACAAAGCAAGCUGGUGAUCAUGGUGGGCCAGAGACUGGUGGACACCCUGUGCAAGGAGGCCCACUCUGGAGGGUCCACCCAAAGCCUUCUGUCUAUGAGCAACCACCUGUGUGCUCUCCUGAAGCAGCUGGCUGUGGCCACCAAGAAGGCAGCGCUGCACUUCCCAGAUAGGCAAGCUCUGCAAGAGGCUGAGGAGUUUGCAGUGGAACUGGCCCAACGAGCACAGCACUUUCGGAAAUCACUUGACCUCUGAGCACUCACAUAUAAAGCAUAUGGAUUUAUUUGUACAGCAAGACAUGGGUGUAUUCAUCAUCAGAUUCCUUUUUCAUUAAUGUCAUAUUCAGCUUCAUUCAAGCUUCACUUGCCAAAAAGAUCAUUGCUUUCUGCUGAAUGUUGUUAUCAUAAUGAAUGCAGGUACUGGUUUAAAUGUUAAUAAUGUUAGAAAAAGUCGCUUGGAUGAGCAGAAAGAUUGAAGUCUUAUUUGUACUAGAAUAAUAAACUUCACCAUUGUGGAGUUCCAAAGUAAAUUGCACAUUUAGGAUACUCAAGUCAAUAUUAAAAUGCAAUUAAAAUAUGAAGUAUAAAAUAAUUUGUUUUAUAUAAUUUACAACAAUGUUAUAUUCUCCUAAUAUUGUUUGGUAAGUGGAUGUUUUAUGUAUUUUAUUACUUUAUUAUGUAAGAGAUAUACUCUCCAGGGUAGUAGUUUGAUAGUCUACUUUUUAUGAAUAUCUAUGUAAAUAUUCUAAAAAAUGUGUAAUGCAUUCCCAAACAGCAAUUAAAAACUGAAAACUCAGAUUAUGUUGAUGUCUGUCUGAAGCAUACAUAAAUGUUAGUGACCUCUGUAGAAAGGAUAUUUACAUAGCCAUUUCAUUAAAGAGCAUUUCACACAGAAAGGUCACUUUACUAGAGUACUGGAGAAUACUGCUCAGUUCAUCUGAUUAUGGUAUCAUGGUUAUCUCAGCUUGAGACUGGAGUCUACAAAGUUGUAAUAGAAAGCCUGCAUCACAAAUUGGGUGUGUAAAGUUGGAAAGACAUGGCAUUGAGGCACUGAGGGUUUAAAAGAUGCUGUUAGUUGCAUUAUGGGAAAUGUAGGACCCGUUUCAGUGUGUGUUUUUUGUAUCUUAACCCAUACUACGGACUCAAGGUCAGGAUAUCUUGGCCUCUGCUGCUUCAAUUUUGUCUGUUCUUAUUUUAUUUUUUUUUGUCUCUUGGGAGUUCCUCAAUUUUAUGAAAGUGCAAAUAACUGAAAUUUAAAUGUGUGAUACGUUAAUACUAAUCGCAGCAGAAAUAAUCUUUUCCACUGUACCACCUCUCAGGGAAGGUCAGAGGUCAGUGUCAUUACAGAACAGGAACCCAUUGGUUUGUGGAGCUUCAGUGUCUUGCUUAACCCUCUACUGCAGAGAUACUCAAAUUGCUUUGCCCAGGGGCCACUUCUGCAAAAUGACAGGCGGCAAAGGGCCUGUUGCAGAAGGCCCGUGCAGGUCAGGUUUACGCAAGGGCGUUUCUAGGUUUUGGGGACAUUCAGGGCUUAGCACGGACCUCUGUUAUGGGUCAGGGGGAGCCAACAAGCUCUAUUUUGAUGCUUUUUAUGCAACCUGGCACCUUAUUCAUAUUAAAAGUGCAAAUAAAAUUCUAA